AUGAGCUUCAAAGGGAGUCAGGCGUCCGUCGCGCCGCGCGUGCUGACGUCAUGGCGCGUGUCCUGGUCCUUCUUCCUGCUCCUAGCCGUCCCACUCUUUGUCCUUUUUUACGUCCUCGUGCUCCGAUACAGCUGCUCCGCCGCCGCCGGUGCUUCCCAUCAUUGGACGAGUAGUACUGAAUCCGACUUACUGCCGCCGCCGCCGCCGCCGCCGGUUGACGCAGCGACCGAGGCCGAGGACGCGGUCGAAUUCUUUGCGGACCCGCCGCGAGGGACGGACGGGGUGGGCUUGCGAGGGAGGGACAAGGCGGACACGCCGCGAGGGACGACUGACGCGGACGCGCGAGGGAUGAUCAUCCCGAACAGAGAGGAUGACGAGAGGAGUGCAGAUCGGUUGCGGUACCCGGGGAGGAAGCGCGUGCUGGGGUUCGUCGGGGUGCAGACCGGUUUCAAGAACCGCAGGAAGCGCGCGCUGCUCCGCGAGACGUGGUUCCCCGGCACGCCCGAGGAGCACGCGCGGGUGGAAGCAGCAUUGGGGCUGGCGUUUCGGUUCAUAGUGGGGCACAGUGCGAGUGCGGAGGAAGAGCAGCUGCUGCAGGCGGAGAACAGCACUCACGGGGACUUGCUUCGGAUUGAUGUGGAUGAGGGAUACCUCAAUCUCAACCACAAGACUCUCGUGUACUUCACAGCGCUCUUCAAGCUCUAUGAAGCCGAGUUCUACGUCAAGGCAGACGACGACAUCUACCUCAUACCAGGAUCAAAUGUUGAUGAUGAGGAUAAAAUGUUGCUGGCAGCAUUGGAGUUUUACCUUCUGCUGCCUGUUUCUGUUCUUUUCCCUGCAGACCGCCUCUCUGCUCUGAUCGCCAAGCCAAGGGACUCGCCUCGAACGUUUGAACCCAAGUCGGAGCUGCUGGGGUCGCAUUAUUUCGUGCAUCCUUUUGGCUCCAUCUAUGCCCUCUCCUAUGGCGUGGUUCAAAUCCUCAAUGCCAUCCCAACGGACGGAUACAGUUGCCUCGCUCCCGCAUGGACGGAAUCCGACGAUUCAGAGCCGCCGGUUGCGACGAUCAACGCGAUCGGACCGUUGGCGGGCCUGCGAGGGAGCAUGGACGACUCGGAGGCGGGCCUGGGGGGGAUGGAAGAAGCGGAAGCGCCGCGGGGGUUGGACGAGGCGGAACCGCGAAGAAUGGACGAGGUUUCGCGAGGAAGGAACGAGCCGGGGUCGCGAGGAAUGGACGAAAGGGGUGCAGAUCGGUUGCGGUAUCCGGGCAGGAAGCGCGUGCUGGGGUUCGUCGACGUGUUCACUGAUUUCUCCAGCCGCGAGAGGCGCGCGCUGCUUCGCGAGACGUGGUUCCCCGGCACUCCCGAGGAGCACGCGCGGAGCGAGGUGAAGGAGGUGAAUGAGGAGGAAAGGAGCGUGCUCUCUCUGCCCCCCUUCCCCUCCCCCCCUUCCACCUUGGCGUGUCUCCCAGGGUGGAAGCAGCGACAUGGCAUGCGAUUUGUCGACUCAAAAGCAGUCUCCCAGGGUGGAAGCAGCGACAUGGCUUGCGAUUUGGUUCAUCAUUGGGCACGGCAGGAGCCCGAUGUGAUCUUGGAAACAAAAACGGGGCUGGUGUUUCGGUUCAUCGUCGGGAAUGAGUGGAGCGCGGAGGACGAGCAGAUGCUGCAGGCGGAGAACAGCACUCACGGGGACUUGCUUCGGAUCGACGUGGAUGAGGCAGACUUCAAUGCCAACCGCAAGACUCUCCUAUACUUCACUACUGUCUUCAAGCUCUAUGAAGCUGAGUUCUACGUCAAGGCAAGCGACGACAUCUUCUUGAUGCCAGAGCGCCUCUCUUCUCUGAUCGCCAGGCCAAGGAAGUCACCUCGAACGUACCUUGGAUGCUUCAAGAAGGGUGUCGUGGUUACCAACCCCGACACGAGCGAGUUAGAGCCGGACUUGCAACUGCUGGGGCCGCAGUAUUUCCUGCAUGCCUACAGCGCCGUCUACUCCCUCUCCUAUGGUGUCGUCAGAAUUCUCAACUCCGUUCCCAAGGGCAGGCUGAGGAUGUUGGUAAGCGAGGAUGUCACAAUGGGGGCGUGGAUGCUCGCUUUCAACGUGACACAUGAGAGGAGCUGGCCGCUCUGCCAGAACAUCUGCACGCCCUCUGCUGCGGCUGUCUGGGACAUACCGAUCUGUUCCGGCCUCUGCAAGCCUGAAGUGCAAAUGAAGCAGCUGCAUCAAAACCCCUCCUGCUCUGGGAAGGAACCCGUGCAACCGGUGUGA